AUGGCGAUGAUGAUGACUGGCCGUGUGCUGCUGGUGUGUGCCCUCUGCGUGCUGUGGUGCGGUGCCAGCGGUGGCGAUGGUAGUGUGGAUGAGUAUUCCUUUGCGGGACGGCGUGCUUGGCUGCGGAGGGAAUGCGUGGAGGAGGUUGGCAGGAGGACAGGAGGCGGUGCGAAUGUGUCCGCCGUUGAGGAAUGCGUCCAUCAGGGGAUGGAGAGUUUGCGUGCCGUUGUGGAUGGCCGUCGUCGUUGGAGGCGGCAACAGUUUGCCGUGGCUGCUGCUGCUGAGAACACUGAGGAACGCGUCAAAAUUAACACCUCCAAUGAAGGGGAAGGUUUGUCGGGAGGUAAUGGUGUGGAGUCUGAACAGGCGCAAUUACAAGUAGAGGACUUGCGGACUGCAUCAGGUGACGGUGGUGUACAACCAGAAGGUGCGCCAUUGGAGGGAUCGAAUGCGAACUCCGUUCUCCAAACGAAGGCGUCACCGGCAAAAGAAGCAAAGCAGGUUAUCCCUGCAAGCAGUUCAUCUAUGAGAUUACCAAGCGAUCAACAAGAGGAGGAAGAAGUGGAGGAAGAGGAGGUGGAAGAGGAGGAAGUGCAAGAGGAGGAUGAUAAUUCAGGUAAGGCCGGUAAAGCGCAAGAAUUAUUAGGCUGCGGUCAACAGGAGACGCUCCAGUCAUCUUCUCCUCCAGGAGGAAAUCCUUCGGCCAGCGGCCAGGGGACUGCACUCACUGCGGCGGACAACAAAAAAAAUACACAACUGGAAGUGGCAAAAGAAAAAGUCUACUUGGAUGAAAGCGCACCAACCGAAGGCAACCCAUCUGCCACAAAACCCAGCGACGACAAACCAACUAUACGUCAGGCGUAUACAAUUCCAAUAUCUCCUCCCAGUGUCAAUUUUUCUGCCACACUUCGAGGCACGACUGACCGUCCCAUACCACCAGCACAAGUUGAAGCUACCACCUACGAAACCCGAAAUAACGCGGCAUCGCACGACAGCAACAGCCGCACCCACAUCUCCAAAGGUGUGGGCAGCGAUUCCACUGAGGGCGUGGCAAAAAACGCUGUGAAUACAGAAGUUAGCACAAAGACGGAUGGCACAAACAAUGCAGCACCCGACAGCAAAGAGUCCACAAAAGCACCGGACAGCGCCAACAAUAAAAUAAUCACAGCGACACCCAUCAGCAGUGACAGCAGCGCCGCGGUCUCCCACGCCACCUCCCCUCUUUUGCUUCUUCUUGUUGCGUGUGCGGCUGCUGCUGCGGUGGUGGUGGCCGCGUGA